AAUUGACAUUCCAUAUAUUCAUUAUGUGAUCCAAUUGCUUGCACGACAAGAAGAUACAAGCUUAGGAGUUGAGGCACAGAUAUCCUUGUGGCAAUGGCGUCAAUCACCAUGACAACCUCAAUCGGCGGCGGCAUGGUCCUCAGAAACCGGUGUCCGGCGGCAGUGCAGAGUAGGGUUGUUGUGGCAAAUGCUGGCAGAGCAGUUGAAGGGGAAAAGAUGAUAGUGAGUUAUGAGAGUGAGAAGGAGGGGAGCAACAGAAGGAGGGACGUGAUGUUUGGUGUUGCGGCAGCCGCUGUUUGCUCCGUUGCGGGGAUAGCAGUGGCAGAAGAAGAGCCUAAAAAUGGUACCCCAGAAGCAAAGAAGAAAUAUGCCCCAAUUUGUGUGACCAUGCCCACGGCUAGAGUUUGUCACAAGUGAGGAGGGAGUUUUAGUGUUGCUUCACUUAUGUUGAUUUCAUAUCAGCUGUGUGUUCUAGUUGUUCAUAAAUGAUAAAACAAUAAACUUUGCCUUGUGCGUC